GUUUGAAGGUUCGGUAUCCCCCUGAUUGUUGCCGAGCACUUCGCUCGUUGCCGGAGGAAAGCCGCCAAGUAAUUGUCAAAAUGGCGGCUUGCGAAGGUUCGGUAAAUGUUAAUCCGAAUUGUGAAAAGGUGCGCGAACAGAUAUUCGAGGUCGGGCCUCGCUACACAAACCUGGCGUACAUGGGCGAGGGUGCUUACGGCAUGGUCGUAUCUGCCUAUGAUAAUGUAACGAAAACAAAAGUAGCUAUUAAAAAAAUUUCCCCAUUUGAGCAUCAAACAUACAGUCAGAGAACCUUAAGGGAAAUAAAAAUUCUUACAAGGUUUAAGCAUGAAAAUAUAAUAGACAUACGAGACAUAUUACGAGCACCUACCAUAGAACAAAUGAAAGAUGUAUACAUUGUUCAAUGCUUGAUGGAAACUGAUCUCUACAAAUUAUUAAAGACACAAUCUAUUAGUAACGAUCACAUAUGUUAUUUUCUUUACCAAAUAUUGCGAGGACUUAAAUAUAUACAUUCGGCAAACGUCUUACACAGAGACCUGAAACCGAGUAACUUAUUACUGAACACGACCUGUGACCUUAAGAUUUGCGAUUUUGGUUUAGCAAGAGUCGCGGAUCCAGAACACGAUCACGCAGGUUUUCUCACGGAAUACGUAGCCACAAGGUGGUACAGAGCUCCGGAAAUCAUGCUUAAUUCUAAGGGCUACACCAAAUCUAUAGACAUUUGGUCGGUUGGUUGUAUUUUGGCGGAAAUGCUCUCGAGACGACCGCUCUUCCCUGGAAAACAUUAUCUGGAUCAAUUGAAUUACAUUCUUAAUGUUCUCGGCUCACCUUCGGCAGAAGAUCUCGAGUGUAUUAUAAACGAGAAAGCACGCAAUUAUCUACAAUCAUUACCAUACAAACCGAAAGUACCGUUCACGUCUCUCUAUCGUGAUUCAGACCCGAGAGCUCUGGAUCUCUUGGACAAAAUGCUUACGUUUAAUCCUAACAAACGUAUUGUGGUUGAAGAUGCGCUGGCACACCCAUAUUUGGAACAAUAUUACGACCCUGCCGAUGAACCUGUGGCACAGGAACCGUUCAGAUUUGACAUGGAAUUGGACGAUCUUCCAAAGGAAAUAUUGAAACAGUAUAUUUUCGAAGAGACUCUGUUGUUCCAACAAAAUCAUCAGGAAAACGCUACGUAGUUGACUGACACAUCGUUGCUGAAAUCGUGAUAGUGGAUACUCGUGAUAAACGAAAAACAAACAAAAAAAACAAAGAAAAAAAAAGAGAAAGAAACAAGAACAGUAAGAUUGGCGUGAAGAAAAUUUGUAUUUUUUAGCGAUAUUAUUCGCCGCUUCACUGCCACUCUAAUUACCGACGAAACAUACCAAGGUAUUGAUGAGAUUUAGUUCAGCAAUCAACGAAUGAUUUAAUCGAAACCGGUUAAUUGGCAGGAUGGCUGACAUUGAGAUUGCAUCGCGUAACUUGUAUGACGGAAUAAAGUCAGGGCGAAAAUACACGUUCGAUUUAUCAUGUCUCGAUGUUUCUUGUCAAGACGUUUAGAAUUUACAUUCAAAACGUUAAGUCCGAUCAAUUUCGGACGCUUGUGUAGAGAUUCUGUGUAAUCUACUUUGUAUGAUUUUUCGUCUUUUUUGUGUGUAAGACGUAUAAGUGUGUGCGUGUAUGUGUGUGACAAGAUUCCUCUUGAUAUGUAUAUAUAAGCAGUUCGUGAUAGUCAAUCGUUGUAGUGAUUACACAACGUGCAAGCGAUAUAAUCGGGAAGCCUACGAGAAAAUAGAAUUACGUAUGUUGGAAAGUAAUCGUGAUCUUCUGAAAAAACGUGAUAGUAACGAUGAUGCCCGAUUUAAUUAAGACAUAUGAUUGAAUAAUACAAUUCAAAUAUCAAUAGAAAAAAAAAAAAAAAAAAAAAAAAAAAAAAAAAAAAAAAAAAAAAAAAAAAAAAAAAAAAAAUACAAGAGUUCUACGUUUUAGUGUAUUUAUCAUCAUUCGAAGUUCAUACAAGUUUUAUAUAUAACAUGAUAAACCUCUCGUCGAGACCUUAAAGAACCUUCUGGAGAGUCAAUAUACUGGAAUUAAAACUCUACUCCAUAAUAAAAUUCGCUUAAAAGUUUUGCUAGGUGGUUUCGAUGACUUUGUAUUUUGAAUUUUAUUACAUUGUCGAAUCUACAAAGAAAAUUUUCUCGGUCUUGUGUGUUCUCCCGUUCUCUAAUUGAUCGUGACAUUUAAAAUGCGGGAACUGCAGAGAAAGACAAAUUGCCGAAAAGGAAAUAAAAUAUUUAUAUUAACUGUUAUCAAUCUUCAUAUUCUUCGAUGUAUUCAAUAAAUUAAUGAUUAAUGAAAACAA